GUCGACGUUAAGGUAAAAAGUUCAGUCGGUCAAUAAUAGCGCUGCAGGAGAAACAAAAUAAUCCGCGAUUUCGAUUUGUUUUUUUUCCAAUGUUACAAUAAUAUAACGUUUAUGGAAUGACAAUGUGGAAAUUAGCUUGUGCGGUAAUAUGGGUUGUUUUGGUUGAUUGUUGUUUAGGACAAGAAGGGUACUACAAUGUCAUCGGACCACGGAUACUACGUCCAAACAGCGAGUACCACGCAUCGAUAAGCGUGCACGGAACCUCGGGACCGACCUCAAUCACGGCCACAUUAGAAGGACAAUCUUUUACUGGAACCCCAUUUUUGAUGCAAUUUAAGGACGUGGUACUACCUUAUUCGAAUGUUAUAAGUCGAUUCGAGAUUGGAGACAUCGAAGAUGGAAACUACAAGCUACGAGUAACUGGCAACAGAGGCCUGGAAUUUUCGGCUGAAUUUCCUUUGGAAUAUGUCAAAAAAAGUUACUCGGUAUAUAUACAAACCGAUAGAGCUGUUUAUCAACCGGGUUCAACUUUGAUGUUCAGAGCUAUCGUCCUAAAUCCCGCACUGAAACCUGCUGCUGAGGUCCGCAAUGAACCUUUACACAUUCAUAUCGAGGAUGGUAAAGGAAACAGAGUGAAAGAAUGGAAAAACGUCGAAGCAACCAAAGGAGUAUUUUCUGGCGAUUUAAAACUUAGCGACAAUCCUGUUUUGGGAAAUUGGAACAUUUCCGUUACAAUCCACGGACAAAGUUACGCGAAAUCGAUUCAAGUUGCUGAAUAUAUUUUGCCCAAGUUUGUUGUUGAAGUUAAAGUGCCUCAACAUGUAACUUUUAGGGAGAAAACUUUGCCUGUAGCCAUUGAUACCAGGUACAAUUAUGGUAAAAAAGUAGUAGGUGAAGCUACAAUAACAGCCUACCCGACAAUUUACUCGGGAGUAAUCCAACCAAUCUAUCAAAACCCCAUAAGAAAAGUGGUAAAAAUCGACGGUUCGACUUUGGUCGAAUUUGAUAUUGAGAAAGAUUUACGAUUAAACGACGAAUACGAACGACUAGUUAUUGUAGAUGUUACUAUCGAAGAGUUCUUGACUGGACGGAGACAAAACAACAGUGCAGAAGUUUAUGUGCAUAAAUAUAAGUACAAAAUGGAUUUGAUUAAAACUGCGGAUUAUUUCAAGCCUGGAUUAACAUAUGUUGCUUAUGUAAAAGUAGCAAACCACGAUGGUACCCCAUUAAGAGACGAAGAAAGAGACGUAACCAUCAAACACGGUUAUUCAAGACAAGACGAAAUUUACGAAGAAAAAACUCAUCGGUUAGACAAAAAUGGCAUAUUUAUACUCGAAUAUAACACUCCCACGGAUGUAACCAAUACCACAGCUUUAAGAAUCGAAGCGGAAUACAAAGACCUCAAAGAACGCAUUUCACCAAUCCCGGCUGCAGUUUCCUAUGGCAAUACAUUUUUACAAGUCAGUCUAGAAACUGAAAAACCCAUAGUCAAUUUGGAUGUUGACGUUUUGGUAAAUUGCACUGAACCAAUGAGAUACAUCAAUUAUGUUUUAAUGGCUAGAGGUGACGUGUUGCAAACCAACUCCUUCCAAAUUGACCAAAAGAACAUUUUCCGUUUUCGUUUUACUGCCGUCCACGCAAUGGUACCCAUUUCUCAUUUAUUUGUCUACUAUAUCAAAGACAACGGUGAACUUAUUGGUGACGUUGUAGAUGUAGAAGUUGAUGUACUUUUUGACAAUUUUAUUAACAUUGACCUGAGUACUGACGAAACCGAACCAGAUCUGGACAUAGAACUGACGGUUAGAGCACGUCAAAAUUCCUACAUUGGCCUAAUGGCAGUGGACGAAAAUGUCUUAAAAUUACGCCCAGGCUAUGACGUCACUCUGCAAGAGAUAUCUGAAGAUUUGCAAAAGUAUGACGUGGCCGAAACGUCGCCUUACAGUUUGAUUUCCAGAAAUUUAAAGAAUCAUUUUAUGUGGAAACCGGGUGGCAGUAAUCCACACUCAGCCGUUUAUGAAGCUGGGGCCGAUCUUAUGACAAAUGCGCAUAUUAACAGACGAAAACCCACAUUGGAAGAUAUUUACUUACGUCCCACUUUUUAUGGAUCAUCUACAAUUAAACCAGAUCGUGGUUUUGGUGUACCAUUACCAACAGUUACAAGACCGCCAUUAGCAGGCCCCUAUGCUUUCAGUAGAAUACCAAAACCUGUUUGGAAUAAACCGAAAGUGUACCUUACAGAACAUGUAGCCGACACUUGGUUAUUUUCCAACUUUUCUUCAGGUUAUGAAGGAAAAACCUCGAUAAGACGAAAAGUCCCUAGCAGUUUGAAUAAUUGGCUAGUGAGCGGAUUUUCUCUGGAUCCCAUAAGAGGUUUGGCGUUGAUGACUGAGCCUAAGAGGCUUAAAGUUACCAAAUCGUUUGUGGUUUCUUUGGAUUUGCCUUAUUCCGUGCAAAAAGGGGAAAUUCUGGCUGUUCCUGUGGUUGUGUAUAACUAUAUGGCUCAAGAUAUUGUUGCUGAAGUAACGUUACACAAUACAGAGCAAAGUUUUGAAUUUGCUGAAGUUUCAAACGACGUUAAUUCGACUAAAAAAGUUGAACUAUAUCGCAGAAAAAAAAUACCACUACCGAAAAACUCGGGAGCCUCAAUAUCUUUUAUGAUCACUCCACUGAAAGCAGGUUUUUUGGAUAUAAAAGUAACUGCAAACAGUCCUAGAAAUCAAGAUAUUGUAACAAAACAACUCAAAGUAGAGCUUGGAGGUGAAACUGAAUACUACACAAAAUCAGUCCUAAUAGACAUGAGACAAUCAACCAACUUCAAAAAAACACUUAAUUUCACCAUUCCAAAGAAUGCCAUAGAAGGUUCCACCAAAAUCGAAGUAUCCACAGUCGGUAACCUUUUAGGUGUCUCCAUGAUUCAUUUGGAAAAUUUAAUAAGGCUGCCAUCUGGCUGUGGCGAACAAAACUUUGUACGUUUCAUGCCCAAUUUAGUAAUACUUGAGUACUUGAAAAGUACCCGUCAGCUCACUCCUACAAUUCAAAAUGAAGCCAUAGGCUUUUUGGAGACUAGCUAUCAAGAGGAGCUACAAUAUAAGCGAGCAGAUGGAUCGUUUAGUCCUUUUGGUGACCGAGAUUCAACAAGUAGUGUUUGGUUAACAGCCUAUGUAGCUUUAGCCUUCAAACAAGCCAAACAAUUCAUUUACGUAGAUGAUUCUAUAGUAGAUCAAGCUCUUGAAUGGCUUUCAACUCAUCAAGGUGUGAAUGGAAGUUUUGUGGAAACUGGCACAGUAAUUUAUGAUGAGCUACAAAACAAAAAUCGCAAUAGUUUAGCUCUUACUGCAUUCACUUUAUUGGCUUUUAUAGAGAAUCAGAGGACAUAUACAGCAAACUACACAAACGUCAUCUACAAAGGCCUGGACUACAUAACAAGAAACAUGGACGAAAGUGAAUCGACAUAUUCAAUAGCCAUUUGUAGUUACGUGUUGUAUUUGGCUAAACAUACCUCAAGGCAAAGUGUCUUUAAUUUGCUCGAUUCUAGAGCAAAAGUGCAAGGAGACAUCAAAUGGUGGGCCAAAGACUUUCCCAAAAAUGAAUCCUCCAAUCCGUGGCGAAAUAGACCUAGAUCUGUUGAUAUUGAAAUGACUUCGUAUGCUCUAUUGACAUUCUUAGAGGCUAAUCUAAUGGAAGAUGCUGUGCCCGUUUUAAAUUGGCUAAUAAACCAACAAAGUAGUUUUGGAGGAUUUACCUCAUCCAGAGAUACUGUGGUAGGGCUGCAAGCUUUAUACAAAAUGGUCAUGAGAUUAUCAUCACCCGUGAACCUACAAAUCGAAUUUGCAUAUAAUAAGGGCAAAACUGGCAAGUUUAGUGUAAAUCAAAACACUGCAAUGAUUUUACAGUCCACAGAAAUCGACAAAGAUUCAAGGGAAGUUAAUGUUACCGCUCAAGGCAAUGGGAUAGGAUUAUUUCGGGUGUCGUAUCAGUAUAAUACAAAUGUCACGGGUCCAUGGCCUUUGUUCACUUUGGAUCCGCAAGUCGAUAAAAAUUCAAAUGUGGAUCAUUUGCAACUGUCAAUUUGUACAGCAUUUGCUAGUCGUAAUUUAUCCUCAACUCCACUAAGUAACAUGGCAGUAAUGGAAGUGAGCUUACCUUCAGGAUUUACAGCUGACAGAGACUCUCUGCCCAGCUUGGAAGUGUCUCAAAACGUUCAAAAAGUUGAAACCAGCCAUGGGGACACCCGAGUCAUACUAUACUUUAAUAAUUUGACCGUUACUGAAUAUUGUCCCACAGUGUCAGCAUUCAGAACACAUAAAGUUGCCAAACAGAAGCGAGUUCCUGUGGUAGUUUAUGACUAUUAUGAUACCUCAAGAAGAGCCAGACAGUUUUAUUGGGGCCCUAGGGCGACUAUUUGUGAUAUCUGCGAAGGUGAAGACUGUGGUGAUAUUUGCGAGGCGGCUUUUAGGGCUCGGCAAAGUUCAAGUGGAGCUGACGAUAGCGAUUCGAGUGGAAAUACUCGAAUAACAAGCAUUGUAUUGUUGAGUUUUAUUCCGCUAUUAUUGAGCAUCAUGUUCAGGUAGUUUAGAAGGGUACUUUUGAAACAAAGGUCCAAGAACAUUGCACACUAAUUUAUCAAAAUUAAUAUAUGUCGACUAAUUUUUACUAGUGCCAUGUGAUACAAUCAUGUAGUUUUUGAAUUUAUUUCUGAUCAUGUACAUACUUUAUUAAUUAUUAGGUAUAAUUAGGUAUAAUUUUAACAAAUACUGUGAUUUUUUUAAUAACUUUUAUUGCCUAGAAAUAGAAAUUUUAAUGUAUUGUUGAUUGUUACUAAACUAGUCUAAUUGAACAAUUAAAUUUAAUUUUAAUACAA